CACACUCCUAAACACACGUUCAUACACACACACACACACACACAGACGCAGAGUGCCAGUGGUAAGGCAUGCUGGUGCUGGUGCUCACUGUCAGCAGCUAACUUGGAGCGGCUGGAUGGAGUGUUGCAGUGUGCUGGACUGAGAGCGUGUUGACUGACAGUAUUGUUCUACACUGACUAGAAACUUAAGCAACAAUGGAAUUUGGAAGAGUUUGGUCCAGAUAUCAGAGGACGCUGCUGAUCACCAUGAUGAUGUUCAAACUGGGCCUACUGUGCACAGCAGCAGCAGACAAGUGUUUGUCAUCUCCCUGCAACAAUGGUGCCACAUGUCUGGACCACCUGGGUGACUAUGUGUGCCUGUGCCCCAAAGGACCAGUGUGGUACAUGGGCAAAAACUGUGAUGAGCUGUAUGAUGCCUGCAUCCUGGCACCUUGUGCCAACUGUACCAGCAAGCUUGGGACUGACGAGUUCACCUGCCACUGCCUGGACGGCUUCACAGGGCUCAACUGCACACAGGAUGUAGAUGAAUGUCAGAGCAACCCCUGCAAAGGCAUCCAGUCCUAUUGUGUUAACGGAGUCAACAGCUAUUCCUGCCACUGCCCCCUGGGCUUGGGAGGGGAGGAAUGCCAGGAUAAUAUGACCACUUGUUCAGGGGAAACAUGCCAGAAUGGUGGCACCUGUGUGGACAUCCCUGACACUGGGCACAGGUGCCAAUGUGCGGCUGGGUACGAGGGGAGGAACUGUGAGGAGAACACUGAUGAAUGCCGGUCUGAGCCCUGUCACAAUGGAGCCAUCUGUAAAGAUGGGAUUAACACCUAUCAGUGUUUCUGUGUGCCUGGAUUUCAAGGCUACCACUGUGACUUGGACAUCAACGAGUGUGCUUCCCGACCAUGUCAAAACAAUGGCACAUGUCGGGAUGAGGUGGAUCACUACAGGUGUGACUGCACUCCAGGCUUCAAAGGGAUAAAUUGUGAGGUGGAGAUCGAUGAGUGUGAGGUGCAUCCCUGCCAGAAUGGUGCCACCUGCCGAGACCAUGUCGCCAUGUACACGUGUGAGUGCAUGGCCGGCUUCCAGGGCCAAGACUGCGAGGUCAACAUUGAUGAAUGUGCCAGUAUUCCCUGUUUGAAUGAGGGCAAGUGCAUAGAUGGGGUCAACAGCUAUGAAUGUGACUGUGAGGGGACGGGCUUUGAAGGUGACCAUUGUGAAGAGGAUAUUCUUGAAUGUGCUUCUGACCCCUGCCGGCAUGGAGCCACUUGUUUGGAGGGGACCAACCAAUACCAGUGCCUCUGCUGGCCAGGUUACAAGGGAGAGAACUGCCAGCUGGAUGUAGAUGAAUGUGACCAGCAUCCCUGUGAGAAUGGUGGCCAGUGUUUCCAGCGCUCAGAUAUCUUGAACUACAGAAUGCUGCCUGAACUCAGCAAUGCCAAUUUCAGCUAUGAAGAGGCAGCUGGUUUCAUCUGCCACUGUCUGCCAGGAUUUACUGGAGACAACUGCUCAAUCAAUGUGGAUGAUUGUGAGUCUGGUCCAUGUCAGCAUGGAGGAACUUGUCACGAUCUGAUCAACUCUUACCAGUGUGUGUGUCCAGACGGCUUCACAGGUGUGCACUGUGAGGUGGACGUCAACGAGUGUGACAGCAGUCCCUGCCAGAAUGGUGCCACGUGUAAAGAUGCUGCCAACUCCUAUAGGUGUCUCUGCCCCAUGCCAGAGCCUGGCCAGGAGCCAUGGGGUGGGCAAGACUGUGACGUCCGUCUGGUCGGCUGCCAACAGCACCAGUGUCAGCAUGAAGCAGGUUGUGUCUCUGUGCUAACCGAUGAAGGAGAACACAGCUACACCUGCCUGUGUCUGUCUGGCUGGACUGGAGAACGCUGCAACACCUCCACCACCUUCUCUUUCAACUCUGAGGGCUAUGUCCACAUGCAGCUGCCUGUUUCCAAAAACAGGACAAAAAGGGAGACCAAAGACCACAAUCACGGGCUCCACAUGCAGCUCCGAUUCAAGAGCACUCUGCCUGACAUGGUGCUGUACUACCGGGGCAGCAUGGAGCACUUUGUCUCCUUGGAGCUUGUCGGAGGCUCCCUUCAAGCCAGGGUGAAGUCUGGAAAGGUACUGCAGGUUAUUUACCCUGGCCCAGUCAAUGACGGGGAAUGGCACCAGGCUACUGUCACCAUGGAUGAGAGGCUGGUUCUGGUUGUAACAGGACCUGGCUGUGAGGAAGAGUGCCUGGUGAAAAAUGAGGGCUACAACCAUCUGAUCUUCCUGCAGCCUAGCUCCUUUGAACAGCUAUAUGUUGGAGGGGCACCGCAGGAAUAUUUAGCCCAUACGUCCAGCGGAAGGGGCUUCAUUGGCUGCAUGGAAGACCUUCAAGUUGAUCACAAGUUGCUUCUACCUCAGGACCUCAUCAGAGAGGAGAACCAGGGCUUGGAAAUAGGAUGCAGCAAAAAAGAGUGGUGUCAAGAUGAUCCAUGUAUGCGGCAUGGGCAGUGCGUGGACAUGUGGGUUCGUUCCAGCUGUCGGUGUCAUCGGCCCUACUAUGGAGAGAGCUGUGAGAAAGAGUACCCAUCCUGGACCUUUGGUCAUGAGAACACCACCAGCUAUGCUGCAUUUAACAUCUCAGAUACCCAUGGAGACAACUUCACCAUCUCCUUUUUGAUGCGCUCCCUCAAACACAACGGUCUGCUGCUGCAGCUCCAUCGAGAAGGAAAGCCCUACCUUACAAUCUAUCUGAAAGAGGGCACUGUUGCUAUUUACAGCCCUCACACCACACUGCUGUCAGAGGCCAAGUUCGUCACUGACGGCAACAAUAAUUUAGUGACUGUAAAGGUACAGUAUGGCCAUGUGGUUUUCCCUAAAGCAGGGUAUCAUCGCGCCUUAGGGAACGUGAGUGUAGAGGCAGGGGAUGUGGCGUAUUUGGGAGGGCUUCCUGCAGGUAAGGGCAUAUAUGCCUGGGGUGGACAUCUCAAGGGCUGCCUGCAAGACAUUCGGCUGGACCACAAACAUCUGACCACUGAGGAUCAUCUGGAGGGGGUGGAAGUUUACCAGGCAAGGACAGAGCAGAAUGUGCUGCCAGGAUGCCAAAGUGAUGACACAUGCAAGGAUCAGCCCUGUUUCAAUGGUGGACAGUGUCAGGUUACUUGGAAUGACUUCAAGUGCGACUGUUCCAUUAACUACUCUGGCCGGCUGUGCGAGACACGUUUGUGGUGUGUUGAUAAUCCUUGUCUUGACAGAGUGCGCUGUGUGGACUUACAGGAUGGUUAUGAGUGUUUAACUGAGGCCAUUUUUCAGGACAAUGCUCUACAGUAUGUUGCCAACAGCUCCUUUCUGAGCCCUGUAACCAACAUCACCAUGGAUUUACGGACACGGGAUGAGAAUGGGAUCUUGUUGCGUGCUGAAAGCAAAGCCGAGGUCUUCUGCCUGGGUCUGCUCAACUCCUCCCUGCUGGUCAAAAUGGACAGCGGGAUGAGUGCAGAGCUGCUGGCCUUCACGAGUGACAGGGCCAUUGCAGACGGAGGGUGGCAUCACAUUCAGCUUACCAUGGUCGAUCCCACACAGUUAACGUCCCGCUGGCGCCUCACUGUAGAUGGACAGAGAGUUGGUGGCAGCUUCAGCGUUGGCGGCAACCUCAACUUCCUCAGUGACACCAAAAUAUGGCUGGCUGAGAAAUACACUGGAUGCAUAGGGGAGGUGAGAGUAGGUGGAGUCUACCUGCCACUUGUAAAUGUUCCAGAUGCCCCUCAGAUGAGCCGCUUCUCCAGACUAGGUGGGCACGAGCCAAUCAUAGGAUGCCAAGGUGCACCAAUUUGUGAUUCCCAGCCCUGCCUCAAUCAGGGUAUAUGUCAGGACCAGUUUAAUGAGUUUAACUGCAGCUGCAGUGCAGGAUGGGAGGGGAAACUGUGUGAGAUGGAGAUAAAUGAGUGUUCUUCAGGUCCAUGUGUCUAUGGUACAUGUAAAGACCUUCUGGCAGACUACCAGUGUGACUGUAAGCCUGGGUACACAGGUAAAGACUGUCAGGAUGAAGUGGAUAACUGCCUGGAGUUCAGCUGUGUGAAUGGAGGAACCUGUGUGGACACAGUGGGAGUUCACACAUGUUCAUGUCCUCCUGGCUACAUUGGCAAACGCUGCCAGUGGCGUUUCCCUCCUGUGGCGUGUGAUGAAAACACGGAGUGUCUUAAUGGAGGGGUUUGUAUUGGAGGUGACUCUGGAGGCAACUGCACCUGCAAGCCGGGAUACACAGGUGCCAGGUGUGAGACAGAAAUAGACGAGUGUGAGUCCAGCCCUUGUCGCAACGGUGCCACCUGUCUGGACAGACUCAACCAUUUCCAGUGUGUGUGUGUGCCGGGAUUCAGUGGCACACUGUGUGAGAGAAAUAAAGAGGAAUAUAAGGAGCGAGUCCCCUGGCUGGUGGUGACCAUUCCCCUGACUACACUGUGUGUGUUACUGGCCAUCGUGGUCGUGUUUUGCCUCAUCAUGACAGCACGGAAGAAGCGUCAGUCAGAGGGCACAUACAGCCCCAGCUCACAGGAGGUAGCUGGUGCCAGGCUAGAGAUGGGUAGCGUCCUUAAAGUACCCCCAGAGGAGAGGCUGAUCUAAGGCCUGCAGCCCUGCGUCACAACCUCACAUCUAGUGGAUGUAGGCCUAUGUAAAGGGCAGAGAGAACAGAUGCUCUGCAGUGUCACACUGAAGAGCCCUCCUGUCUUUCGAGGAAGUGAUGGAGGAUAAAUCUACGGCUGAUCCUCCACUUGGGAAAACUACUGACGUUAAAGUCUCACAGAUGGACAAGUUAAGACCAGAGGCUGACACUGCUUCCUUAUUACUCAGCCUGUCCUGUUGUAGAGGGUGUACCUGGAUGGCCUCAGGAGGAAAAGUCUUGAGGACAAUCUCAAGCUUGAUACCCAUGGGACUAAAGUCAUGUGAGGACCACAUGUACUAAAGAAAAGCACCCACACCUGUGGAUAUUAAGGAAUGUAUUCACAUUGACACCCUCCAUACGCUCACAUAAGAGCAAGAGCAAGUAAUUCAUCAUUUAUGGUUUAGCAAAGCAAAAUAUUCAAAACCUUCCUCUGCAGAUUCCACUGCAGAUUCUGUUUUGCAUGAUGGUAGAAAGAGGCAUGUGUAGAGGGAGUUUAAUUUGCAUGGGUAUAAAUUGCAUAAUAUUAUCAGGGGUACCCUUUCAUCAUCUACAUACUCCUUAUAGUAGCAUUACAUUGCAUUUGCAAGGGGAUGUCUGUCUUAUAGUGAGAUUUUUUUUAGAAACAGGCACUAGUUUCAAAUCCUGACUUUAUCUUGUUAGAGGUCCCUUGGUAUUGCUAAUCCUGCAUGACUCUUUUGCCAUAAUGGUUUUUAAUGCCUGAUUUCUGCUUUUUUUCCCCUCUCCUUCUAGAGUAAAUCUCUUUUUUAUCAGUCUUAAAAAUUGGAAGCAGCAGUUGCAAUAUUAGUUGAAGAAGGAAUGUAUUUUCAAUUUAAACCUCAUCUUUUCCUUUGCUGAAUCAAAAAUUUUGAAUUUGCACAAAAUUUCCUUGAUCACUGGUAAUUUAAGAUGCUUUAUAUAUUUAGAAUAAUUCUUGUCCCAUGUCAAAGGAGCAUUCUUAAGUGAAAGGCAGUACUCUUCCAUCAUGUAUCUUUAGGGUUUUAUGCAUUCAAUUACUAAGUAGGCUAAUUUCAUUUUAUUUAAUCUGCUGUGGUGUGUGAAUGAAAAAAUGCAGAAAGAUCAUACAAUGAAACAUGACCCCAGAACUGAAUGUGCGGAUGGGCACAGGCUGUUCUCAUGAACUGCUGGUGCAUAUUCCAAUGAAAAGUAAUGCACCAAAAUUCGUACAUAUCCCAUGUAAUGUGAGCAGUAACUCGUGCAUAAUUCAUGUAUUUUGGAAGGCUGUGAUCACAUGACCAAUGCUCUGACAGGAGUAAAGAAGGAAACUGUCUGGACCGGUCCAGUUAAGAGGCAGGUUGGGAUGGUGGGUGAGUUACAAAACACUGGACUUUCCCUCCCAAGGACUGUGUAAGCUUUGAGUCAACUUUGAGUUAUUUUAAGGUAUGUCCUCAUCAUGUUUCUUUUCCUAAACAUAACCAAUGUAAUAUUACAUUUUUUAUGUAAGUUAAUGUUAAGGACGUAAUGUCAUUUGUGGGGUCCUAAUUCAUAGGAUAUCAUAUAUACCUUUAUAUGAGGACAUAUUGAUGGACAUCACUGGAACCUCUGCAGGAGUCAAACACUGUUAUCUAACUAUUUGCUGUAUUACGUUGUCAAAGUCUAAACCACACUGCCCCUUCUUUGUCACUGUGCAAGUAUGCUCUGAGUAUUUCAGCCAUGUCUUUGUGUUGUGUAUAAUGUGCUGCAAAAGUUCAGGUCACUGUAUUUUCCUUUUUUGUUAUGUUUUCAAGAGGAAUAGUAUUUAUUGUAGGUGUCUUAUUGCUGAGGUCUAAGGUGUCAUAUUAGUUUUUGUGGACAGAAAUACUUCAGAUGUCAGAAGAGUUUUUUUCAAAGAAUGUAUUGUAGGUACUGUGUGUAGGAUUUAGUGGGAUAUAUCGGCAUAAAUAGAAUAUAUGUUUCAUAACUAUGUUUUCAUAAGUGUAUAAUCACCUGAAACUAAAAACUGUUGUGUUCUCCCAACCUGGUCUCACUCGGAAGUAGUCGAAUACUGGCGCUUGGUCAGUGACCUCCCACGUCAGACACCAACGAAAUAAGCCACCCUUUCACAUCGACAUGAUACAGUCGCUGUUAUUGUUUAACAGAGGCUGGCGGCGUCAGGGGGAAACACAGUGGGACAGCAACAAAAGUGUUCUUUUGUUGCCUAAACCCAACCAUGUGCGUGUGUUGGCUAAAUGUAACCAUGUGUGUUUGUUGCUGAAGAAAAAAACAUCAGUCUGUGGUGUUGUACCGAUGGAGUACAUUUGUUUUGAAAGACACCGUAUGAAAACUGUACAUUUCCUGUGAAAACAGAAGUGUAUUUUGAAAACAGACAAUGCAUGUAACAGGCUAAAGUUGACACAGUGUCCCAGAACAUCAACAACCCACGCACCCAGGGUACCUUGCAUGUCAUAUCUCGAAGUGGAAAGUCCAUGACCAAAUGUCAAUAUGUGAUGAGGCCAGAAUGAGAAUGUGUUGGGUUUCUUUACCUUACAAUGAGCAGUUUAUAUUUACAUAGGUAGCAGGUCUUCUUCCAUGAAGUCCGCCAUGUUGUUUCUACAGUAGCCCAGAAUGGACAAACCAAACACUGGCUCUAAAUAGUGCUAUUCACAUUUUUGCGUCAGUCACUGUAGUUCUUCUAAAAGCAUGGCACACAGGAGAGGUUUUGGUGGGUUGCAAUCUGCAACUUCACUGCUAGAUGCUACUAAAUCUUACACACUUGACCUUUAAAGGAACAAUUCAACAAUUUCAGAAUUCCACUCAUUCAGUUUCUUUCCCAGAGUGAGAUGAAAGGAUAAAAGUCCGGAGCUGGAGAAAUUAGCUUAGCUAAGCAUAAAUACUUAGGGGGGAGACCAGCUAGCUUUUCUCUAUCCAAAAUUCAAAAAUAUUCCCAUCAACAACCUGAGUGCUCACUAAUUAACACGUCAUAAUCUCAUUUUUUUAAAUUCCUUGCAGAAACAGUGAUCCAUACAAAAAUGUAAAAAUAAGAGUUGAUAAUUGUAGGGUGAGAACUGGAACUGCUUACUGGCAAACAGCUAGAGGCAGUGAUUGUGCACAGUGCACAGUGAGGUAGCCAGGUUUUGUAUGAUGAUGCCAGUACAGAGGCCAGAACAUCACAGAUUGUUGUUGCUAACUCACGCACGCUAGUGACACUGCACAGAACACUGGAUGGAUGGACUGAUUGUUGUUUACCAUUAAAUAGUUCCAUCACCAAAUCCCAAAACCACCAAGUUCUCAUUUUUCCACUCCUGUUCAUGUACAGAUAAAACAAAAAAAGAAACAAUGUCUUAAUUAGUGAAUUUUGAAGGUGUUCAUAGCCAUAUCAUAUUUUUCACUUUGGAAGGAGCAAGGUGAGCUGUUUUCCUUUGCUUCCAGUCUUAAUACCAGGCUAGGCUAACCACACCCUAACCCCAACUAGAUAUCCAUCUUUUUGUCUGAUUGUCAGGCAGAGAGCAAAAAAGUGUAUCUUUCCAGAUUUUCACUUUAAGUUGUCAUAUCAAUAAAACAUUGUCAAGUUGCAUUUCCUUUCUAUAAUCCCACAGAGUGGCUUCAGACAAACCUGUGUUCUAACUUUAGGGUAAUGUUCCACAUAUACUUAUCAUUAUACUUUGAUGCCAGUGUACUCACAUUUAUACUCCAGAAGGUCCCACUGCUCAUUUGCCUUUCACUCUGUACUCAGCACUGUUGCUAACUUUAUGAAACCACUUAACCAGGAUGCUUUUACAGGUAACUAAAGGUGCUGAUAACCCAGACUGACAAACUGUAACGGUUUUAUGGUAACAGAUAAGUGACAUGCAAGUCACAGGUGAAAAUGAAUUAGAGAGACACCGGUCAUUACCAGUGAAUGUAGUAUUAAAUGUAACUUUAAAGGGGUAAUAUGUAUGACUUUCAUCAUGAUCUGUGGAGUUGUAGGUAGCAUUGGUGUCAAUGACCAAUAACAAUUACUUUAUAGUUUGUAGUUUAGUUUGACUUUCUUGUAUCUGAUCGAGUACAAUUGACCCAAUAUUGGUCAAAUGUAGCUGAAUAUGUUUAUGGCCGAAGGUACUGUAUGUGGACACCCCUGUUUUUCAGUGUUUGGUCCAAGCGCCUGAUUUCUAAUAAAGGGAAUUCUUAAUGCUGCAGUAGUUUCUGUUUGGGAUAUAUGAAUCCCCUGUGGCUCAGAGGGUAGUGCAGGUCAACCAUCAACUGGAAGUUUGGCGAUUCAGUCCCCAGCUCCUCCAGUCUGCAUGUCAAAGUAUCCUUUGGCAAGAUACUGAACCCCAGCUUGCUUCCAGUCAGUGUGUGAAUGCAUAAUGAAUGUUUAAGCUGGGUAGCAGGUAGCACCUUACCAGGUAAGGUGCAUGUGACAUGUAGUGUUAAAGUGCUUUGAGUGGUCAGAAGACUAGAAAGACAUUAUACAAGUGCAGGUUAAUUUAUCUUUUACCAUUUACAUGCCUCAGUUCACACAGUUAGCUCCAGAAAGAAAUUAUUUUCCCAAUUUGGGGUGAAGGAACGUAAAUGACCUGCAAAGAGCCCUGACUUUAACCCCAUCUGACACCUUUGGGAUGAACUGGAACACCGACUGUGAGUUAGACCUGAUCACCUGAGAUCAAUGUUGGACCUCACUAAUACCCUUGUGGCCAAAUGGGAGCAAAUCCCUGCAGCCAGGUUCACCAUGGUGAAAAGCCUAAAACCAGAAGAGUAGAGGCUGUUAAAGCAGCAGAUCCGUGCCCAUGGUUUUUGAAUGAGAUUUUCAGCAGUUAGGUAUAGGUGUAAUGAUGUCCACAUACUUCUGGCCAUGAAUUGUAUGUAUACAUUAUCAAGGUGUAAAUAGUUAAGAAAUACACUAGAGGCCUUCCAAAAUGGACCCAUGGAAACCCUCCCUGGACAUGCAUCAAUACAUUUUUGAAAAAAAAAAAAAAGACACAGUGUCACUGUUGGACUGUGUCUAAAUAUUUUCUCUCACUGUGAUUAUGACAUAUUGGCACUAAUCCAAGUCGAGUGGCAAUAAAAUGAAAGCCUUCCCAAAUAGGCUAUGGCAGUACCUUUUUUUUCAUACCUUGAUACCUUCCUGAAAUUUCACUGAGGUACACAGUAUAUGACAGUAUUAGCAUGCUACUCAACAUCCAUCUCACCUUCAGCCUCCCACCUGCCGAGUUUGCUGCCUUCUGAAAGCCAUGCUAGUAAUGAACAAUACAAACUCACUAAAUGAUGAGAAAGUUAAUAUUGUUACAUAUAUAUUCCUUAUUUAACAGAAAAUCAACCUUCUGAAUUCAAGUUUCUCUCUUUCUCUGAAAUGAGACUAGUGUUAACUCAUCCUAAAACACAUUUCAUUCAUCCUAAAACACAUUUCAUUCAAACUGGACAGAAACAAAAUAAAACUUACCAAAACUGCCUCAGUUAGUCUUAGUAGUUGUCUAGUUAGUUAGUCCGCUGUUCCAACAUUCAGUAAAUCUGGUUUGGUCAAAAUAAAUCCCCAAUUCACAGAGUUAGAUGUGAAAAUAUGUUGCUUUUCCAUAUGGUCUCUCUCUACUGUUGCAGGCUAGAUUCCACAGUCUGGAAAUGUUAUUCCCAUCACUCGGAGUCACAGUGUCUGUCAUUUCAGCUUCUCAUUCCCAACUCAUCAAAUACUUCUGCUUGGUCAGUGAUUUUGGUGUCAGACACCGACACCAAAAGCCACCUUUCGGGGCAGUAUGAUACGCUGCUGGCCUGCCAGACAGCACCUGUCAUGGCAGUACUAUACAAGUACAGGCAGCGUCAGUUAAUGACGUGGCCAGACAGCACCUGUCGCAGUGGUAUGAUACGCCACUGGAUGGUGUCAGCUUGAAACACUGCCAGUAACAAAGUAGUAUAAGGAGCUGAAAGAUCCCUAUGGGGUGGGCAGCACGAGUAUUGGAUGGGUCCAAAAAACCCCAGACUUCCACCCAGGAGCCUGCUGUUCGCUGGGUCCAUGUCAUUGGUCUGACAGCCCAUUGGUCCGACAUCCCAUUAGUCCGACAGUCCGCCGUGCUGAACGGCUCCCGGCGGGCGUAUUUCUGCCUUGAUGGUGCGCCACAACCGGCUCUGGGUCAGCUGGGAAAGGCUUGAGGCAAAGCAGGCUCACGGCUUAUGUGUUUGUCACUUUCUUUUUCAUUUUAACCCACACCAUGAUCUUUUCCUAACCCUAACCAAGUGUUUUUUGUGCCUAAACCUAACCAGACCUUAACCACAGGGCAUCAUGAUGAUUUCGGAACAACGGGACUUCGGAACAAUGGGUUUAAUAUGUUCGGAACAAUGGGAUGUCAGACCAAUGGGCUGUCGGACCAAUGGGCAGUUCCCCUGUUCGCUUACCAUGUGAAUGUAGAUCCAAACCAUGAUGUUUCUUUCUAAACCUAACCUUGUGCUUUUGUUGUACAAGGAAAUAAACAUAAAUAUGAGGUGUUUUACAGACAUUGUAAGAUUAUUUUGAAACUGUAUGCAUCUAACGAUUAGAAACUGUACAUUUCCUGUGAAAAUGGAAGUAUAUUUAGAAAAGGCAUAAUGCAUUUAAAAAAAUGACAUGCCGUCCUGCAGUGUCAACAACAAAUGUAGGAGGACACCUAUUGUAUAGACCUGAAUGGCACUGACAAGGUAGUGAUAUUUAACGAGUUGGGAUGAGAACAGGUUGGCCUGUGCCACCAGUGGAGGCUAGAGACUGACUUCUGAUGGCCCAUCAUGUGCAGUACAUACAAUGAGUUUAAUAGAUAGAGGAGCAUCUGUAUUUUUGAUGGUAUUGAAAAUCAUACUGUCAGGAAUUCUUAAUACCCUGAUAUGUAUGAGUAUGUAUGACUUUAUGAGUACGAGGAUGCAGGGUUGUUAUGCUACUGACUACCUGUAGGGUUUGAUAAAGUUCAGAAAUCACUUAAUGCUCCUUUAAAAUAACUGCAGGGAACAUAGGGGUGUGUGCAUGAUGAGAUGACAGUAUGUGCCUUUACGUUCUCCUGCAUUCAUGAAACAAGAAUCCUGUGGUCUGUUUUUAUGUUAGUUAUUCAGACAGAUGAAAGCCUUUGUGUAGUGUUUAGAAGGAUCCAAAGGAAGGGCAGAGAGAAGUAUACAGGGUAGCAGCUCCGCUCAAACAUUCAAAUGUCAAAAGCAUUACAGUUUUGUAAAGACUUGCAGUACAGUGAUGUGACUUAACAACAGAACAUAUACAGUACAGGAUGGAUAGGUAUCCCAGCUAUGUGCAGAACGGUAGUGAUUUUACACUGGAGAUGUUUUUACUAAAGCUGUACCGUGUACAGCACACUGUAGACCAGACAUCAGGAGUUCUAUUCCAGUAAACAGGAUCCACUUUGUGAGUGACACCAAUGGGUCAACCCAGGACUUAUACUGCAAUUCACCUACUAGAUACCUGUUGUUGUUUUUUUAAGUUAGUGUCUCUUUUUUUGUACUCAGAACACUUGUCUAUAUGAGGAGGAUUUUGUUUAUGGUAAUGUUUUGCAUUUAGUGGAAAAUGACUUUAAUUGGAAUCAAAAUUGGCAUGUAUGAAAUGUGUCUUAAACAGUGUUCAAGGAAAAAUUAAACAUUUCAUUUUGUAAAAACUGUUUUUUUUUUAAAUGUUUUACUUUGUUUUCCCAUUAUCAACAGUAAAGUAAAAAGACUGUAUACACACUUAAACAAGGUACAAAAAAAACUGGUGUCCCCAUAAAAGAUAAAUGGAAUGACAAAAUCCUCUUGUAUGCGCAGUUUAGAA